AUGGAGAGGAUCAGAAAGGAGAUGAUUCUGAUGGAGAGGGGACUACACAGCCCCGGUACUGGGAAAAGGCUUUCGAAUGUUUCAGAUUCGACUGGAAAUGCGGUGCUCGAGGCCCUCGAAAACCAGCACAGUGGUCGCCUCAGCCCGAGACUAACUUCCACAUCUCUGCACGGUAACGUCGGGGAUAUUCCGACCAAAGGCAAGUUUGAAAUAGACAGUUUGUUCAGCCCUCAUCACCACAACAGCGACAAUACAUCCUCGGUAGAGAUUACAUCUUCGGAAAACAGGAAGAAAAUCAUCCUGUAUCCAGAAGUUUCUCAAGACUCAGACAUGAAUAGUGAUGUGGAGGUGGGAUGCCCGACGCACCGAUCUCCUAAUUCCGUCAGUGCCAGCCAGCACAAGGAAAACAACAAAGGUUUUUCCGACAGUAAUUCAGGAACUUCAACCACAAGCGCGACAUCCCUAUCUAGUGUAAACACCAAUGGAAAUUCGAUAGGCAGCUCGAGCAGCUCGAAUGCGGAUCAGGUGAGAAGGUACCGGACAGCGUUUACAAGGGAACAAAUAGGAAGACUGGAAAAAGAAUUUUACAGAGAAAAUUACGUCUCAAGACCAAGAAGAUGUGAACUAGCCGCUGCUUUAAAUCUACCAGAAACAACGAUAAAGGUAUGGUUCCAGAACAGGAGGAUGAAAGAUAAAAGACAGCGUCUGGCAAUGUCUUGGCCUCACCCGGCAGAUCCAAGCUUUUACACCUACAUGAUGACGCACGCCGCUGCUACCGGAAGUUUGCCAUACCCUUUUCAUUCCCACAUGCCUCUGCACUAUUACCCGCAUGUAGGUGUCACAGCAGCAGCCGCUGCCGCAGCCGCCACCGGUGCUGCAGCGUCACCUUUUGCAACUUCCAUCCGUCCUCUUGACACUUUCCGCGCACUCUCGCAUCCGUACUCGCGCCCCGAGCUGCUUUGCAGCUUCAGACACCCAGGACUCUACCAGUCACCUGCAGGCCUCAACAGCUCGGCCGCGGCAGCGGCAGCGGCAGCAGCGGCCGCCGCGGCCAGUGCGCCGCCGGGCGCCGGCCCAUGCUCCUGCCUCAGCUGUCACAGUAGCCAGGCGGCCAGCGCCCUGGGUUCGAGGAGUGCAAGUACAGACUUCACCUGUACAGCGGCAGGGCAAAGGUCCGAGAGUGGAUUUUUGCCUUACUCUGCGGCUGUGCUGAGCAAGACUGCCGUUCCCUCGCCGGAUCAGAGAGAGGAGGCAUCGCUGAACAGAUAA